CAUGAUAAAUGGCCCGGUGCGCAUGUGUGGAAGCGUCGGCGGAGAGGGAGCGGAGAGGCGCAGAGAAUGGAGAUAACACGGCAAAAUUUUAAGGAGAGUCUGAGCACCAUAUACAGCGCUGUAGAGGAGGCUGACUUCCUCGCCAUUGAUGGAGAGUUUUCGGGAAUAAGUGAUGGUCCCUCGGUCAGUGCGCUGACCAAUGGCAUGGACACACCUGAGGAGCGCUAUGCGAAGCUCAGGAAGCACUCCAUGGACUUUCUGCUCUUUCAGUUUGGCCUCUGCACGUUUAGAUACGACCAGGCACAGUCAAAGUAUCUUACAAAGUCUUUUAAUUUUUAUAUUUUCCCAAAGCCCUUCAGCAGGACUUCUCCAGAUAUUAAGUUUAUUUGUCAGAGUUCCAGUAUAGAUUUCCUGGCUAGUCAGGGAUUCGACUUCAACAAAGUUUUCCGCAGUGGGAUCCCAUAUCUAACAGAAGAAGAAGCUCAGCUGAGGGAGCAGUAUGAGGAGCGGAGGAACCAGAUGAAUGGAUCUGGAACACCAUCAUACAUCUCUCCUUUGUCUGGUAAAGGACCUGUCAAUGUACCAGACGAACACAAAGACUUCAUCAACAGAGUUGUGGAGAAGGUGGAGGCUCUUCUGAACAACUCUGAAAAAACAGUGGACCUGGAGCCAUGCUCAGGGUUUCAGAGGAAGCUGAUCUUUCAGACUCUGAACUGGAAAUACCCCAAAGGUCUUCAUGUUGAAACGGUGGAAACUGAAAAGAAAGAGCGGUUUAUUCAGGUCAGUAAGGUGGAUGAAGAAGAGCGGAGGAGAAUAGAGCAGCAGAAACAGGAGAGAGAGCAGGAGGAACUGAACGAUGCGGUUGGAUUCUCCAGAGUGAUCCACGCCAUCUCCAAAUCUGGUAAGCUGGUGGUUGGCCAUAACAUGCUGCUGGACGUCAUGCACACCAUCCACCAGUUCUACUGUCCACUGCCAGAGGAGUUGGAUGAUUUCAAAGAGGUUACGAUGUGUGUGUUUCCCAGGCUUCUGGACACUAAGCUGAUGGCAUCAACACAACCGUUCAAGGACUUGAUCACAAACACAUCUCUGGCCGAGUUGGAGAAGCAGUUGAAGGACAAACCCUUUAAAGCUCCAAAAGUUGAGUGUUCUGAGGGAUUUCAGUGUUACGACACUGCAGCUGAACAGCUCCAUGAGGCCGGAUACGACGCCUACAUCACUGGCCUCUGCUUCAUCUCCAUGGCCAACUACCUGGGUUCGUUCCUCACUCCUCCCAGAGCUCACAUCUCUGCUCGCUCCAAACUCAUCGAGCCCUUCUACAACAAAUUGUUCCUCAUGCGAGUGGUUGACAUCCCUUACCUGAACAUCAGCGGACCAGACUUGCAGCCGAAGAGAGAUCAUGUCUUGUACGUUACAUUCCCUAAAGAAUGGAAGACGAGUGACCUGUACCAGCUAUUCAGCGCAUUCGGUAACAUCCAGGUGUCGUGGAUUGACGACACAUCGGCGUUUGUUUCUCUCAGCCAGCUGGAGCAGGUGCAGAUCGCGAUGAACACCAGUCAGUACGCGGAGAGCUACCGGAUCCAGACGUACGCCGAUUACAUACAGUCCAAACAGAAAAACACGAACACAAACAAGAAGUGGGCUGAGGACGGGUGGGCCAACACCUCCUACAGGGCCGCUGCCAUGACAACCUCGUCUACGUGCAGCCACAUGCACAACAGGUCGCUGACGGGGAAGAGGAGCAUCAGCCCCACUCAGGAAGAUCAAACCUCUGACUUCAGCGGCGUCGCCGAUAGCAACUGGAGUCACUACACAAAGAAGGUUAAAACAGAUGCUGGAGCGAGUGGCGGAUGUGGUCAGACGUACGCUGAUGCUGUGGACUCGACGACGGACAGCUGGCUCAAAGCUCAGCCAGGAGAAGGUGCAGCGUCUACCAGCCCAGCCCAGGGAGAGGCGGGGUCUGAGGAAGCCGACGCCUGGCCAGAGCUGCCAACCAAUCAGAGUCAGGGUUCUCAGGCCACCUCUACAGGACUGUUUGACGUCCCUCAAGUUUGGUAGCACUAGCCAAUCAGCGGUUUCUAUCUGAGAACCAAUCAGAGGAGGCCGUCUGAGACCACACCUACCCUACAGCCAAUCAGAGGAGACUGUGUCGGACUGCACUUAAACACAUAACCCAAAGCCAUACGACCCUGUGGCAUAGCAAAGAUACCAACUCUCAUUCUGUUCGUCCUUCUGCAUCCCUCUGCAUGACGGAUCACAGGGACUUCGUAAGGAGUGCGUAAAGUCUGAGCUCUGUAGAAUCUCUUAUAACUGUACGCAGGUGCUGAAAGUGAAACUCUUGCCGCUUUAACACAACAAACACGGUUUACAACCUGCCAGCAAUUAAUUUUCUGACACAAGUAUGUGAAAGAGAGGGAGUGAUGGGAAACGUAGUUAGCUUAAGUUAGUUUGCGUGUAACGUGUGCAGUAUGUUUUAACGUUUUGUCGGUUUAAGUGUCGUGUGAAUGUAUGUGCGCCUCUCCCUCUUUCUUUCCGAUGUGGUCAUGAUUUAUAGGUAAUUUUUAAAUAUGGUUAGGUUGUUUUGGUUUU